AUGGCAAAGUGGAAGUGCUGGUUCGGAUGGGUGCAAAGGCUCUUCACUCCUGAGUCAAAAGCCAAAAAGCCGAAGAAAUGGGGAUGGAGUCUUCGAAGGUUUAAGCUCAGACAAUGUCCUACAAUUACAGCACCAAAUAGAGCACUUACUAAAGCAAAAGAAGAGCAGAGAAAGCAUGCUUUGACAGCGGCUAUUGCAACAGCAGCUGCUGCAGAAGCUGCUCUUGCUGCCGCUCAUGCUGCUGCUGAGGUUGUCAGGCUAACUGGUUCUUCCCGUUCCUAUUCUUAUCUAUCCAAUGGCAAUCGGAACUUGGCUGCCACUAAAAUUCAAAGCGCAUACCGUGGACAUCUUGCUAGAAAAGCAUUAAGAGCAUUGAAGGGAGUUGUGAGACUUCAAGCUAUAGUUCGUGGUCAAGCUGUGAGGCGUCAAAUGUUCUGUACUUUGAAGCAUUUGCCUUCAGGUGCAAGAGAGACGGUAGAAAUAUAUGAAAGAAACAGUCAUACUGCAGAAAAAAGCAACAAGAAUGACAAGAGCAAUCAGUUUCCAAGGCAGAAAAAGAAGUUGGAAGAGAAGGAGAUUAAGGAGAAAUUCUAUCCUGAUUGCCAUGGUCAAUUGACUUGGGAUUGCAGCUUGCAUUCAAAAGAAGACAUAGAAGCCAUAUGGUUGAGAAAACAAGAGGCCACUAUCAGAAGAGAACGCAUGAAACAGUAUUCCUUCUCACACAGGGAGAGAAAAAAUUCCCACAUGACAGAAGAAUAUGGGCCCCCUAAGGAAUUUGGAAGAGAGAGCUGCCGUACUCUAGGACAAUGGCUGCAGGAAGAAACACGUAACAGGGAUGCCUCUCAUAAACCAGAUCUUCUCUCAAACCUUAUCACAACAGACUUGCAUGGUCCAACACAAGUCUCACUGAAGAGCGCGAAAAGAGAAGAGUCACAGGAAGGAUUGAUUUCACAAAUUUCACUGCCAAGGAAAUCAUUUUCUCACGUAAAGAAAGUGUCACUUGCAGAUGACAGUUCCGUGCCAAAUUCUCCAGUUUUCCCCACUUACAUGGCUGCGACGGAAUCUGCCAGGGCAAAGGCAAGAUCGAUAAGCACACCAAGGCAAAGAACAGAGUUUCUGGAAUUAUGCCCCAAUCAGAGUGAGCCUCACAAGGAGGGUAUUUCUCUUUGGUCUUCUCGUUAUGGUGCGCCUGCCAGCACCAAUAGAAACAAUGAGGUUUUUUGGCAGAGCUGUCAGAGUGCUGAUCACCAUCAUUAUCAUUAGAAUGUGUUGAGAACCUGUGUUGCUGAAAUCGUCAGAAGGAUGCGGAGGCAAACUUGCAAGGUUUGAUUCAUGCUUGGCUGUGUCACUGGUAUACCAGAGAUUGAGAGGGGCAUUGCCGAACCUUCAACUUGCUCACAUUCUGAUCUGAUGACAUCUUCACAAAUGUAUAUGCCUUUUUUCUUUUUGGGCUGUCUUGAAUUUUCUCAUUCUGGUUUUUCGAAGAAUUCUUACAGGUUUUGGGGAUUGGCAAUGUUAUUACUGGGUACAUAUUACAUGUCAAAAUUGGUUUUCGGAUUUGAUCCUUCUUUUUGUACCAUUGCAUUG